CGGAAAGACUCCCUUUUGCAGCGCUUUCUCAAGAAGCACGUCCACAUCUCGACGACAUCACAUUUCCUUUCCGCACCAGAAGCCCAAGCCGGAGACCACUACCAAUAUAGAACGUCUAUAAUUUUCUCUGUCACUUUACAUCAACCCAUAAUGCUCUCCGCGCAACCCGACCCCACCGUUAAAGCCCAACAGCAGGAUACGCAGCCUGACCAGUCGCAGCAGAAGGAUGCCACGGAGCCAACGAGUUCACAGCCUAAACCCACGUUUCCUAGCAAACACCCUCUAGGAAAGUUCCAGAAGGCGGGUCAGUUUAGAAGUCCGACUGAUAACCUCAUGUCUCCGGCAACUCAGAAGGUCGAAGCUAAGCGCAAUCAUCUCCUCAACAAAAUCAAGCCGAAAUCCCUCGCUGGGCGGCUGUCAGAUGCGGCGGCUCAAGAGCAGCAAAAGCAGUCUUAGGAGACUAGUAUUACAUUUGCUGCAGCAUUCAUUACAUUGCUCAUGUUUGUCUAUAAAAUGUUUUGUCUAAACAAAGCAACGAAAUAAGGACACCAGUUGUUACAAAUCGA